GGGUCUUGACAUUCGCCUGCCCCCUCUGUCCUGUAGCUACGCAUUAUUUUUUGAGACACUGUGAGUUUUUCGUCAGUGUCACAAUGACUCGUCCAGCACUCAGAUUGAUUCUGUUGGGCUUCUUUCUCAUCUCUGCCUCUUCAGCUCCUGUUAAAAAGACACAAGAUGUGAAUAUUUACAGUUUCUACAUUAACUCUACUGUGACCAGUCGCUACGCCACCACAAUAAUCACAAGCCGUGUGGCAAACAGACUUAAUGAAUCUCAGGAGAUCUUCUUUGAAGUGAAGAUACCCAAGAAUGCCUUCAUCAGUAAAUUCAGAAUGACCAUAGAUGGAAAGAGCUAUGAUGGAGUUGUGAAGGAGAAAGCAGACGCUCAGCAGCAGUACAGUCAAGCAGUUUCACAAGGACAAAGUGCUGGACUCAUCAAGUCUGUUGGAAGGACUUUAGAAGAAUUUAAAACAUCAGUGAAUGUGGCCGCUCUCAGUAAAGUCACCUUUGAGUUGACUUAUGAGGAACUGCUAAAGCGUCGCCUUGGCAAAUAUGAGCUGCUCAUCAAUGCACAACCAAUGCAGACGGUGGCAGAUUUCAAGAUUGACGUACACAUCCAUGAGAAACCAGGAAUUUCCUUCUUGGAGGUGACAGGAGGUCUGAGCACCAAUGAUCUGGCCAAUGCCAUCAAAACUACCAGAACUGACAGUGAUGCAUGGGUGACCUUUUACCCCACUCGAGAGCAGCAGACCAAAUGCAAAGACUGUGAUAAAAAUGGGCUGAAAGGAGACCUGCUCAUUUCAUAUGAUGUUGAGAGACAAAAUCCUAAUGGUGAAAUGAAAGUAUCAAAUGGGUAUUUCGUCCACAACUUUGCACCCUCAGAUCUUCCACGUAUUCCCAAAAAUGUGGUGUUUAUCAUUGACCGAAGUAGCUCCAUGAGCGGCAAAAAAAUUGUGCAGACACGUUUGGCACUGCUAAAGAUUUUGAAUGAUCUUCCUGAGGACGAUCACUUUGGAUUGAUCACGUUUGACGGUCAAGUUGAUUUGUGGAAGCGUGAACUCCUUAAAGCUACCAAGACAAACCUGGAUGACGCGAAAUCAUUUGUGAAGAUGAUUACAGCUAGAGGAUACACGGACAUAAAUGCUGCGGUGUUAGAAGGAGUAAAUAUGUUCAAACGGCAGCCACAAGCAGGAUCUGCUUCAAUCCUUAUUCUACUGACCGAUGGAGAUCCAACAUCAGGUGAAACCAAUGCAGAGAGGAUUAUGUCUAAUGUGAGAAAGGCUAUUGGGUCAAAGUUUCCCCUCUAUUGUCUUGGUUUCGGAUAUGAUGUGAAUUUUGAUUUCCUAACAAAAAUGUCACUGGAAAAUAAUGGAGUUGCUCGCAGAAUAUAUGAGGAUUCUGAUGCCGAUCUACAGCUGCAGGGUUUUUAUGAUGAAGUUGCCGUCCCACUCCUAACUGAUAUUCAGCUUAACUACAUAGGAGUCUCAAAUCUUACCCAGAACAAUUUUGCCCUGUACUUCAACGGCUCUGAAAUUGUGGUAUCCGGACAAAUUACAGACAACAAUGUGGAGAGCAUCAGCACUGAAGUCAUCGCAAUAUCAAAAGGCAGUAAGGUGACGUACCAAAACACUGUAACAACAAAAGAUGUAAUUGAUGUCCCAUCUGAACAUGAAGAUUUUGUGGAAAGACUGUGGGCCUACCUUACAGUGAAACAACUUCUGGACAAACAUGUUCUUCUUGAAGGUCCAGAAAAAGAGGCUGUAAAGAAUGAAUCUCUCAAACUUUCACUCAAAUAUCAGUUUGUUACAUCUCUCACAUCUAUGGUUGUUACCAAGCCACAGGAAGGUGACGUGGAGGUUGCAGACAAACCCAAAGAGGGAAAGGAAUCACACAUGCCUCCAGAUUAUACAGGUAAUCCGGGAAUAUCUUUUCAAAUGGGCUAUGAUUACUUGAUUCAUGAUCCAGGUUUACCAGCCGGUUCAGAUCUUCCAAGUCCUGAAGAAGUGCAUUACGAUCCGGGAUUAUCUAUUCAAGACUAUGAUAUUCGAAGUCUUGAAGAAGUGCAUUACGAUGAUUAUGGAGUGAGUGAGGCUGACAGUGGGAUAAACUAUGUUCGUAUGCAGACUCCGAUCAUGGCACCUACACGUGAGACACCUAAACUUGUGGAAGCUACUCAAUCAGCAGUUCCUGCAGUUGGUAAUAAUCGGUUCCUGCUGCCUGCUGAUGGUCAGCCGAAACCACUUUGUUUUGAUGUCCCUCUUCCUCACAAACUAAAACUGCUACAGGAUUCUGCUUUAGGGUUCUCUAUGAAUGGAGAGUCUAUGGCAUCUAAAACUGGAUUCCAACAAAUCAUCAUUCAUUACAAAACAAACCAUCACCUGACAAUAAAUACAAACUCUAUUAAUUAUAAUGAUGGCCAGAAUAAUGUUCAGUAUCUGUGGGGCCAGGAACCUUCCCAGCAUGAACAAGAGGGUAUCAUAUUGAUUCUGCGGGACAAUGAAAUGAAUGCUACGAUUGGAAGUAUCCGUGUUGUUAUUGUACUUCAUAAGAAAGAUGGGGACGUGUUUCUGUGGCCUGCGGUUUGGCAACAACCAAAAAAUGUCACUUUGGCAGGUAUUUUAGGAAAAGACAAAAUUUCGUAUGAGGAGAUUCAAGGGUCAACACUAAAGAUAAUGGACAAUGAUGUGAAAGCAUCAUGGGAUGAAAUGCCAGACUACAGAUUUCCUUCAGCUCCAGUCGUCAGAUGUUGGCUUGUGCCGUUCCAGGCUGUGAUGAACGGAGAGAUUUCUGAUUUUACUGUUACUCACCUGUAGAGUUCACAGCAUGUGUAUGUGAUAUAAUAAAGAGCAUACCUUAA